AAUCUAGGCGCAUUGCUUGCGUAUUGAGGCCGCAUCUAAGAACAUGGUGUUUGUGCAUCCUUACUGGUGGCCUGCUGCAUCUCAGCUUCUCACCUUCCUGCUUCCUUCGACCAGUACUCACAUCGUGUAAGCCACAAGGCGAACUUCACAUCCUUAUUCAAGGGUAUCAUCUCCGUGAAUACUGGCACGAGAUCGAUGCCGCAGGUCCAGACAACCGUCUGCGCAGGCGAGGCUAUGCUGCGUAGCAAGCCAUGUUCUGACGCACAAAUAUGCCAGGUCGUCGCACUCUGGACUCCCGUUUUGUUCUCGGAGGUUGUAGAAGCUCGUUACAAUAACACAGUAGUCGAAUAUUCUAGACCGCCAAGAUGGUUGUCAGAAAGCGUAUGCUGCUCUGGGACUACACCAACACGCAGAAAUGCCCGCAAAUGAUGGACAAGGUCAACUUCAACGGCCCGAUCUCAUCAGUGUGCAAUUGGAACGCCUGGGUGCCACCAGAGCUCAAAGGCCGCCUGCCCUUCCGACCCAUGAUUCACCUGCUCCCCCAAACACAAGGAGACGAGUGGCAGUGGAUCCUUAACACUAAUCAACCUCUGGUAAUCUACUUUAAUGAGCCCGAGCGAGCUGGUAUCACGCCCGAGCAAGCAGCCGACAUUUGGCACAAGCAAGUCCUCCAGCUGAGGAAGAAAGGCAAGAAACUAUGCAGCCCAUGCUGUGCUCAGGAUCCGGCUGGCAACGCGUGGAUCGACAAGUUCCUGAGCCUUGUCCAGGACUCUCGUCCGGAUUACCUUGGCCUGCACGUUUACGGAACUGAUGGAAAUGCUGCGAUCAAGUAUAUCACUGACAUGCACAACAAGUACAAAUUGCCUGUCAUCGUACAUGAGAUAGCUUCAAUCUCACGUACAUACAAGGACGUAGAAGGCUUUACUUUCCAACUGGCCAACUGGAUGGACAAGACCGACUGGGUGUACGAGUAUGCUUUCUUCGGCUGCAUGGAGCAAGUCGCCGAUAGCUUCGUCAGCCCAGCUGCUCAGCUUAUGGUGUGAAAAGAAUCCGAAUGGUUCAUUCACGGACCUCAUGUUCAAGCUGAUGUAUGACCAACCCAUGCACUUCUAAGGCUAUGACAGAUGUCAGCGAGCGUUAGCGGAGACAGUCCUACUGUUGGAUCCAUGUAACAGACUUUAUUGUAGGCUACUUGGACGAUAGACUCGAUAUACAAGCGCUAGGUUCACCUGUGCUGGUAUAGAUGUUCUCUGCGGCCUGGGUAUUCGUUGGCUAGCAGCCAACAAGUAGCCUCGCUGAUGAGCGAUGAUCUCUAACGGUCUCUCCCAUCCGGGCCUAAUCUGCUGCAACCGCUACUCGGACGUCCAGCAGUACCCCGCGCAUCGCCUUGAAUCUAGUUCGAAAAGUACUCCUUUCCUUG